CCGCCGCCGCUGCCAUCAGAGCGCGGAGAGGCUGGGCCGCGCCUGGCGAGGCUGCUGGUGGGAAGGCGAGAUCCUCCCCGCCGCCGCGGCCAUCAUGACCGACAACAUCCCCUUGCAGCCGGUCCGGCAGAAGAAGCGGAUGGACAGCAAGCACCGCGGCGGGUGUUGCGAGUGCCUAAGAUGUUGUGGAAGAAGAGACCCAAGGCCUCGAACGGUUUGGCUUGGCCAUCCAGAAAAGAGGGACCAGCGAUACCCACGCAAUGUGAUCAACAACCAGAAGUACAACUUUUUCACUUUCCUACCAGGGGUGCUGUUCAACCAAUUCAAGUACUUCUUCAACCUCUACUUCUUGUUUCUGGCCUGUUCUCAAUUUGUUCCUGAAAUGAGGCUCGGUGCUCUUUACACGUAUUGGGUUCCUUUGGGCUUUGUCCUCGCCGUUACCAUCAUCCGUGAGGCUGUGGAAGAGAUCCGGUGCUACAUGCGUGACAAGGAAGUGAACUCGCAGAUCUACAGCAAGCUCACAGCGAGAGGUACAGUAAAAGUGAAAAGUUCCAGUAUUCAAGUUGGGGACCUUAUUAUUGUGGAAAAGAACCAGAGGGUCCCUGCUGACAUGAUCUUCCUCAGGACGUCGGAAAAGAACGGGUCCUGCUUUCUACGUACGGAUCAGCUGGAUGGUGAAACAGACUGGAAGUUGCGCCUGCCUGUCAGCUGCACUCAGAGGUUGCCCACUGCUUCUGACCUUCUCCAGAUCCGAUCAUACGUGUAUGCAGAGGAGCCUAACAUUGACAUCCACAACUUUGUUGGCACUUUCACUAGAGAGGACAGUGACCCUCCAGUGAAUGAGAGCUUAAGCAUUGAAAACACCCUGUGGGCCAGCACAGUGAUUGCUUCAGGAACGGUUGUGGGAGUUGUUCUGUACACAGGGCGGGAGCUGCGUAGUGUCAUGAACACUUCAAAUCCACGGAGUAAGAUUGGCCUCUUCGAUCUGGAAGUGAACUGCCUCACCAAGAUUCUCUUUGGGGCCUUGGUGGUGGUCUCUCUUGUCAUGGUUGCCCUUCAGCACUUUGCUGGCCGCUGGUACCUUCAGAUCAUCAGAUUUCUUCUUCUCUUCUCAAAUAUAAUUCCUAUUAGUUUACGUGUCAAUCUUGACAUGGGGAAAAUAGUUUACAGCUGGAUGAUCCGGAAGGAUUCUAAAAUUCCUGGCACUGUAGUCCGAUCUAGCACAAUCCCAGAGCAACUUGGAAGAAUAUCCUAUUUACUUACAGAUAAAACAGGGACCCUGACACAGAAUGAGAUGGUUUUCAAACGCCUUCAUCUCGGAACAGUUGCUUAUGGACUAGACUCCAUGGAUGAAGUUCAGAGCCAUAUAUUUAGUAUAUAUACACAGCAGUCUCAGGAGCCACCUGCUUUAAAAGGCCCCACCCUGGCUACCAAGGUACGAAAAACCCUGAGCAGCAGAGUCCACGAGGCAGUGAAAGCGAUCGCCCUCUGCCACAAUGUGACUCCCGUCUAUGAAUCGAAUGGUGUGACGGAUCAGGCUGAAGCCGAGCGGCACUAUGAAGAUUCUUGCAGGGUGUACCAAGCUGCUAGUCCUGAUGAGGUGGCCCUGGUGCAGUGGACAGAAAGCAUAGGCUUAACACUGGUGGGCAGAGAUCAGUCUUCCGUGCAGCUGAGGACUCCUGGCGGCCACAUCUUAAACUACACCAUCCUCCAGAUUUUCCCAUUCACAUACGAAAGCAAACGGAUGGGGAUCAUUGUUCGGGAUGAAUCUACAGGGGAAAUAACCUUCUACAUGAAAGGGGCUGAUGUGGUGAUGGCAGGAAUUGUUCAAUACAAUGACUGGCUAGAGGAAGAGUGUGGCAAUAUGGCAAGGGAAGGGCUGCGGGUCCUUGUGGUAGCAAAGAAAUCCCUGACUGAGGAACAAUAUCAAGACUUUGAGGCACGCUAUGUCCAAGCAAAGCUCAGCGUCCAUGACCGUUCCCUGAAGGUAGCAACUGUGAUUGAGAGCCUGGAGAUGGAGAUGGAGUUGCUCUGUCUGACUGGAGUGGAGGAUCAGCUGCAGGCAGAUGUCAGGCCUACUCUGGAAACACUGAGAAAUGCCGGCAUGAAGGUAUGGAUGCUCACAGGGGACAAACUAGAAACAGCCACGUGUACAGCUAAGAAUGCACAUCUGGUAACCAGGACCCAGGACAUUCAUAUAUUUAGACUGGUCACCAACCGUGGAGAAGCUCACCUGGAACUCAAUGCCUUCCGCCGCAAGCACGACUGUGCCCUAGUGAUUUCUGGCGAUUCCUUGGAGGUGUGCUUGAAAUACUACGAGUAUGAGUUUAUGGAAUUGGCUUGCCAGUGCCCAGCUGUGGUCUGCUGCAGAUGUGCCCCAACACAGAAGGCUCAGAUUGUACGCUUGCUCCAGGAGAGAACUGGGAAGCUGACCUGUGCUGUGGGUGAUGGUGGGAAUGAUGUCAGUAUGAUUCAAGAGGCAGAUUGUGGUGUUGGAGUUGAAGGAAAGGAAGGAAAGCAAGCUUCCCUUGCAGCAGACUUCUCCAUCACUCAGUUUAAGCAUCUGGGCCGGCUACUGAUGGUGCAUGGACGGAACAGCUACAAAAGAUCUGCAGCCCUCAGCCAGUUUGUGAUCCACAGAAGCUUGUGUAUCAGUACAAUGCAGGCUGUUUUUUCUUCGGUAUUCUACUUUGCAUCCGUCCCUCUCUACCAGGGCUUCCUCAUUAUUGGGUAUUCUACACUCUAUACUAUGUUUCCAGUGUUCUCUUUAGUGCUGGACAAAGAUGUCAAAUCAGAAGUUGCCAUGCUGUACCCAGAACUCUACAAAGAUCUUCUGAAGGGAAGGCCCUUAUCGUACAAGACAUUUUUGAUAUGGGUUUUGAUAAGUAUUUACCAAGGCAGCAUCAUUAUGUAUGGCGCAUUGCUGCUCUUUGAAUCUGAGUUUGUCCACAUUGUGGCUAUUUCCUUCACAUCCUUGAUCCUCACUGAGCUGUUGAUGGUGGCGCUGACAAUCCAGACGUGGCAUUGGCUCAUGAUAGUGGCAGAACUACUCAGCCUUUCCUGCUACAUUGCCUCGCUGGUCUUCUUGCACGAGUUUAUUGAUGUUUACUUCAUUGCAACCUUAUCGUUCUUGUGGAAGGUGACAGUAAUCACUCUGGUCAGCUGUCUCCCCCUCUACUUCCUAAAGUAUCUGAGGCGAAGAUUUUCUCCCCCAAGCUAUUCAAAACUCACUUCGUAGGUGGUUCCACCAGUGGAGCAGAGACUACUUCUCCCCCGCCCCAACCCUCUUUUUCUUUUUGCACAAAAUAAAUGUGUGUUCCUCAUAGUAACGGUUAUGUCCGAUGGUUGCAAAUGGAUCAUGCACUGGCUAGAGAAUGUUUCCGAAAGACUGAAAUAACUGGCAGUGCAGCAGAAACAGCCAAGUAAACCGGAGAA